CAAGAGACGAAGCUGAAGCGAGAACAAAGCGCCUCUUCCUUUUCCGUGCUCCGGAUCUCGAUUGGCGAAACGACCACGAAGCCGCGGUGAUGGCGGCGGCGACCACCCCCGACCUUCUCUUCGGCCUCCGCAACAGUUUCUACUUGGGUGCCUAUCAGGCCGCCAUCAACAGCAGCGACAUCCCCAACCUCCCCGCCGACGACGCCCUCGAGCGCGAUGUCCUCGUCCACCGCUCCUACAUCGCCCUUGGCUCCUACCAGCUCGUCGUCAGUGAGAUCGAUUCGUCGGCUCCUACUGCCCUCCAGGCCGUCAAAUUGCUCGCCCUAUACCUCUCCGGCGACAAGGAAUCUGCUAUUUCAAGUCUCCAAGAGUGGUUAAGUGAUGCUGCAAUAAGCAACAAUCCCGUUCUUCGACUGAUUGCUGGGAUCAUAUACAUGCAUGAACAAGACUACAAUGAGGCACUUAAGCAUACUAAUUCUGGGGGAACUAUGGAACUGCAUGCUUUGAAUGUUCAGAUAUUCAUUAAGAUGCACAGAUCAGACUAUGCUGAGAAACAGCUUAAGAUCAUGCAACAGAUUGAUGAGGACCACACACUUACGCAACUUGCAAAUGCAUGGUUGGAUCUGGCAGUGGGCGGUUCCAAGAUACAGGAAGCAUAUCUUAUUUUCCAAGACUUCUCUGAAAAGUAUCAGAUGACUGGAAUGAUUUUGAAUGGCAAGGCCGUCUGUUGUAUGCACAUGGGUCGCUUUGAUGAGGCUGAGUCCUUGUUGCUUGAAGCACUGAACAAAGAUGCAAAGGAUGCAGAAACUCUGGCCAACCUUGCUGUGUGCAGUCUUCACCUAGGCAAACCAUCAUCACGAUAUCUCAAUCAGUUGAAGUUGUCACAUCCAGACCAUGUUCUCGUUGCUCGUAUGGCAUCCGCUGAAGAUAAUUUUGAUAGAGCUCUUCAAUCCAUUGCAUGAGGUCUCAGAUGGAGGUUUGCGAGGAGUAACAGUAGUAUCUGCUUUAUUGUCGUCGAGCAUUCAUUAUCUUGUUUUGUGAUUGUAUUGUUAGGGUUCACAAGAGUAUCCAGUAAUAUCUUUAUCAUGUAGAACCAUGUAUUUUGGAAUAUGCAUUGUCAUGCCUUCUUAGACUUGACGUUCAUAAA